GGGAGCUGGAAUUGGCGGGAAUGAUGAUUACCCGCCAGCACCAACUACCAUCAUCCUCACCAUCGCCAACAACCCUAAUGCAGCAUCCGUUGGUUUGAAGGAACUGAAACGUCUUACCCACCUGAAUGCCUUCUCCUUUACACUUUCUCUCCUUGUUCUAUCACCUUCUCGCCGAAACCCAACUACUGCUUCUCAGGGAUGCCUUAGGUCUCCAUGGCGGAUUUAGGAUUCCGGGUUUCUCUUUCCUGGGUUCUUAUCGGGUUGUGCAUUUUGGGGUUUUUCUUUGGACCCAAGGUUUUUGCAGCUGGUGCAGAGAAGGAUGAGGGAGAUAAUCAUAAAGCCCUGGGGAAGGACAAUAGUACACAAAAAGAUUAUGACCAGGUAAGGCCUCAGCCUCAGGGUGCUAGUGGUUCUGUUAGUGGUACCGGUUAUGGCGAAGGACAGAGAUUUGAGCUUUGUGACACCGAUCUGAGUGCUGUUCUUGCCCCACCUUAUGGCAAUAUAUCCAAAAUGAUUUGCACUCCGAUUUGGAAUACCUUUCUUUUGAGGUAUUUUCAAAGGGAAGACCAUGUGAUGACAAUUGUAUUAUCUGCUGUAUACACCACUGGAUGGGUAGGAAUAGGGUUUUCGAACAGUGGAAUGAUGGUUGGAUCCAGCUGUAUGGUGGGAUGGUUCAAUAAAAAGGGUCAUCCAAGAAUCAAGCAGUACUACUUGGAGGGUUACCAUUCAUCACAAGUCAUACCAGAUAAAGGAAAAUUGGAACUGGUUAAACAUGUUCCACCUGUUGUUGCUCUUCAUGGAGCCAUGAUUUACUUGGCAUUUCAAGUGAAGUUCCCAGCUCGUCUCUCUCGCCAACCUAUCAUCUUGGCCUUUGGAAGCAGAUAUCCAAAUCUCUACCACCUGAAAAGACACGAUGACAAAACAGCUCUCUGGUUUGAUUUCUCUCAAGCAUCUGCUGUAAACAUUGCUUCUACCGACAAGAGAGAUCAUGGGAUUUUGGCGAUCAUCGGAUGGGGUUUAAUCCUUCCUGUGGGUGCAAUUGUAGCAAGAUACUUAAGGCACAAAGAUCCACUGUGGUUUUAUCUUCACGCAGGAAUUCAGCUUGUGGGAUUUAUCAUUGGCCUUGCCGCUGUACUUGUUGGAAUACAACUCUACAACAGGAUAGACGCUGACAUACCAGCACAUAAAGGCAUAGGAAUCUUUGUUCUUGUGCUUAGCAUUCUUCAGGUAUUGGCAUUCUUUCUCCGGCCAAACAAGGAUUCAAAGAUCAGAAUAUACUGGAACUGGUACCAUCACUGGUCAGGGAGGAUGGCACUAUUUUUUGGAGCUUUGAACGUGGUGUUAGGUAUUCAUUAUGGAGAAGCAAAGAAUGACUGGAAGAUCGGGUAUGGUUUUCUUGUUGGAAUAAUUCUUGUUGCAGUUAUUGUUUUAGAAGCGUUAGCUUGCUUGAGAAGAUCCAGGAAACCUUCCCUGCCUUCAUCAUCCUUCCAAAUGAAUCCGAUUUAAACAGGCAACCUUAAGCUCUUUAAAGGUAAAUGUUUCUGUUGUAAGCUAGUAAAGAAAAAUUCUGAGUGACGCCGACAAGUUUGAUUUGUUGUGGUGCCCCAUGUAGCCUUGGAGAAACCAGGUCAUGUCAAGCUGCUUUCAUGGUUGAAUUUCCAUGGGCUCUAUAUAUGCUUUCGGUUUUGGAAUGAUAAAAUAGGCAAAUAGCUGCAUUCAGAUUUUCUUGGCAAGGACUAGGAGUGAAAAGUUUUCUGUCUUGGUUUUGUGAACUGUAAUUGCUUAUCUAUCAAGUUGAAACAAAAGGGCUCUUUCUUGACAAAACCUGACUUUCAGUAAUUUCACAAGAAACCCUGGGAGUGUCCGAGCGUGUCAAAAGCUCAUAUACUUCUAUGUUUUCUGGUGUUGCGCUAAUUGUUGCAUCGGAACUACUCUUAGUUAACCUGAACAAUGUGUUGAUGCCAAUGUCAAAAAUUAGAGUCAGAUACACAAUAACAUAAUCAAAUGAAUCAUCAUCAACGUCAUUGCUAUAAUCAAACUGGCAAAAUCAGUCUUUAAAUGCUGUGAUCCAAUAUAUGGAAAAUGUUCAAAAUGUAUUCCGAACCAAAAUUGUCACCUUAACAACAGCCCAUGUCCCAAUCAUUAACUUGUGUGAAACUGCAAGAUUAAACAAAAGCAACGUAUUACUUCAUAGAAUCUUAGUCCAGUGGUUUUCAAUAUACUUAUAAAUGUAAU